AUGAAGUACGGGACGGUCCUGUCGCAGGACAUUCAUUCCUGUUUAGCGGGGCUAGCAGAGGGCAGGCAAGGGACCUCUGGAGCUCGGCAGGGCGCGCGCAGCGAGGGGGGGAACCUCAGCGGGGCCAUAGGGAGGGUGCGGUCACAUAGGGGCCCUGGGGGAGCGGGGCUACCGGGACCAACCCACGGCACCCGCGGCUCAGCUGGGGGCGGCCGUGCCCGGAGCGGCCGCGGCCUCCCCACAGCCCCGGUACCUGGGCCCGGAACGGCCGCGGCCUCCCCACAGCCCCGGUACUGGGCCCGCUCCACCGCCGCGCUCUCGUCUCCGGGCAACCGGGGCGGUGGCGUAGCGCGCCGGGAGCGGAGCCAGCGGUCGGGCCCGCGGCGCUACCGGGCGAAUUGCGAGAGAGUGGUAGUUGUUUCACUUUGGGUUGUUCGGGUUUUUUUCUUUAAAGUAACCUCUGCUUUGGCCACGGUUGCGGUCUUGUCAGAACUCGGCGGGAAAAUUAGCGGCAGGUCUAGAGGAGACAAUCUUGAGCUGCGCCAGAGGAGGUUUAGACAUUCUUCCCGCCUGCAGUCUUUAGCGUGCGCUCACGUGCGCCCCUCGCUUGGGUCUCGCUGCCCCGUGCGGCGCAGCUCGGGUAACUUCCCAUACACGUGCCGGCGGAGGGUCCAGGUAGAGGGAAGGGACUGCAGCCAGCGGCAGGGCCCUGCCCAGGACAGGUACCACGGAAGGGGAGGGACAGUGGGCGCGACGUCCCCGGGCGGAGGAGGAGGAGGAGGAGAAGAGGGAGGAGGACGAAAGCGCGCCAUGACCACGCGCAGACACUGCCGGUGGGCGCUGCUGCUGGCCUGGCUGCCGGCCGGUUGCCUCUCACUCCUGGUGACAGUGCAGGAUGUCGAGCGUUACACCACUUUAUUUGCCACUGUCAUCCUCAAGUGUGACUACAGCACCUCAGCACAGCUGCAAGACGUGGUGGUGACCUGGCGCUUCAAAUCCUUCUGCAAGGACCCCAUCUUUGACUACUACUCAGCCUCAUACCAGGCUGGUUUAGCCCUUGGCCAGGACCCCUCUGAUGACUGCAAUGACAGCCAGCGGAAGGUGCGCAUUGUAAUCCAGAAAUUUGGGCAGAAGGACCCUGUGCUAGGCAUCGACUACCAGCAGCGAAAGAUCACCAUUCAAAACCGAGCAGACCUUGUCAUCAGUGAGGUCAUGUGGUGGGACCACGGCAUGUACUACUGCUCUGUGGAAGCACCAGGAGAUACCUCAGGUGAUGCGGACAAAGAAGUUAAGCUGAUUGUUCUCCACUGGCUCACAGUACUCCUCAUCAUUCUUGGUGGCCUCCUCCUCCUUCUGCUGAUCGGGUUAUGCUGGUGCCAGUGCUGCCCCCAGUAUUGCUGCUGCCACAUCCAGUGUGGCUGCUGUCCAACACGUUGCUGCUGUAAUCAGAAAGUACUGGAACAGCACCAGUUGAUGAAGCGGGCUCAGGCACUUGCACCUUGGUUAUCACCCAACGUGUUCUAUGGAGCUGGCAACAGGAACUCCAAACUUUCUUCUUACCAGCUGAACCCUCUGCUACAACAAGAUGUAUCUCUGCAGAACAGUCUUCCACUUGUGCAGCCACCAGCCCAGCUUUCCCAUAACAGUGGUGUUUUGGACUAUUUGGAGUCUGAAAUCCAAAACCUGAACAUGUCCCAGCUGCGGCCACCCUCCCACCAGUGGCAGGCUGUGCAGCCCAGCUUGCUGUCCUCACUGGGCUCCGACAUCAUGCCACCUGCUCUUGCUGACCACAUCUCCUCCAUCCAUGGGAGCAGCAACUCCUCACGACUGCAAAGAGCUUCCUGCACCCCCAGGCCCUGGGACUCUGCAGCAGAGGACAGAAGGGAAAACCGGAGGUGGUGCUUGCGUUCCAGUGGGGAUUCUCAUUCCAGCUACAGUCAGGAGCUCUGGGACAGGCAGCGAGAGGAUCAUCCUCAGAGGCAGAGGGCAGGUGGCUACAAUGGCAAGCCCCAGCACUCCAGACAGGACGUGUCACCCCCACGCCAAGCUGAGACCGGCAAGAGCAGCAGCAGUUUCUAUCCGGAAACCAAGGAGCACUCCAGCCAUCAUUGUGGUGGGAGGCAGGAGUCCCGGGGAAGGCGAGAAUAUGAGCACCAUGCUGGGAGGAGCAAUUACUCCGGCCAGAGGCGGCACAGCUACUCCCCCACCUCUUCUCGCAGGGGCUCGUGGAGCUCCUCAGAAGAGCAAAUCCGUGUCCCGGUGUUGAACCGGAGGCGGAGGAACCGCAGGUCCCGGGAGUGGCCAGAAGAGAAACCACCCAGUUAUCGCUCCUUAGAAAUCAUCCCAGCUCAAGACAAGAAGCACAAAGGCAGUGCAGGGACCCACUUGGACAGAGGAAGUUCCCACAGUGGAAGAAGCAUAGUCAUUUAAUGUCAGUACUGAAAGAGCUAAGAUUCCU